GGAAUUUUAUAUCGCUAGGAAAAAGCGGAAACAGUUGAGCAUGACCAAGCGAAGCAAUUGCUUUGCGUCAGACGCUUGUGUCUGCGGUUCGCGAAUCGAUGCCAAGGGAAGCGGGUCGCGAGCGGGUCGCAACUGUUUUGCGAUCGGGAGUGCGGGAGCGGGAUCAAGAGGUGUGGAUCGGGCUCCAGCGCUUAACAGCAUUACAGGGGAAUUAUCGAGCAUUUGAUUUGUUCAACCGGCUUUCCCAGGAGGUGGUGUUCGACUUAAAUGACUGCUUCUUGUUGGAGCCAUCGGAGAAGGUUGUAAUUGCAUUUUACAGGUUACAGGAGGACUAGCACGAAAAUAUGAGCAAAACGUGAAAUUUCGGGAAAAUAUGGAUUGGCGUAGCCACCCACCCCUGGAGCUGGGCCAUGCCACUUUAGUAGCGUGAGCACACCAAUUUCGGAUGUGAUCAAGACCAAAUGUUGAAGAACAGUCGUGUUGUGAAGGGUUCAGUGUAGCCAUGCCGAAUUGCGACAUGACAACGCAGCCCAACUCGAGGU